CAUCAGUUUAGCAGAAGCAAGCACAGCGAAAAGAGAUAUAAGAGGAUUAAGGAGAGCUCGUUUCGGAGCUGAAUUGAAAAAACGAAAAUUGCUUUAUUGUAGCCUUAAAAAAUAAGCAAACAAUUUUGUUGUUUUCCAAUUCAUCGUUGUUACAAAGUGCAAAAACAGAUAGCUGAGUGUUAACAAUGGCAGCAAUGUCUGUGAUCGGCAUAGACUUCGGCAACGAUAGCUGUUAUAUAGCCGUGGCUAGAGCCGGUGGCAUCGAGACCAUCGCCAACGACUACAGCCUCAGGGCCACGCCGUCAUGCGUGGCGUUCUCCAGCAAGAAUCGUAUUCUUGGAGUAGCAGCGAAAAACCAAAUGGUGACGAACAUGAAGAACACGAUAUACGGCUUUAAACGUCUCCUAGGUAGAAAAUACAACGAUCCAUUCGCUCAGAAAGAACUUAAGCACCUACCCUACAAGACCAGCCAGACGGCCGAUGGCGGUAUUGGCAUUCAUGUCCAAUAUCUCGGCGAGGAUCACGUUUUCACACCCGAACAGAUAACUGCAAUGCUGUUCACCAAACUCAAAGACAUCUCAGUGACAGCAUUGGGUACAGCGGUGAACGACUGUGUAAUUUCCGUUCCAUCGUACUUCACCCAAGCCGAGCGUCAAGCAUUACUUGAUGCAGCUCGUAUUGCCGGACUCAAUGUACUCAGGCUGUUUAACGAGACCACCGCUACUGCGUUAACUUACGGAAUUUAUAAGCAAGAUCUUCCUACACCUGAUGCUGCUCCAAGGAACGUUGUAUUCGUUGAUUGUGGAUUCUCCAGCUUGCAAGUUUCCAUAUGCGCUUUUCACAAAGGCAAACUGAAGAUGCUUGCAAGCGCAUCUGAUACACAAGUUGGCGGCCGUGAGAUCGAUGCGAUCUUGGCCGAUUACUUCUGCAAGGACUUUCAAGCUCGUUACAAGGUAGACGCGCACAAAAACCCACGCGCCUAUCUACGACUCUUGGCUGAGGUUGAGAAGUUGAAAAAGCAAAUGUCGGCAAACUCGACGAAAUUGCCCAUCAACAUCGAAUGUUUCAUCGACGAGAAAGACGUGCAUGGUGACAUGCAACGUGCUGAUAUGGAAACCAUGUGCGCGCAUCUGUUCAAGCGCGCUGAAAAUACACUUAGGCACUGCUUAGCUCAGUCCAAACUGAAGUUGGAUGAAAUUCACUCAGUCGAACUUGCUGGAGGUUCAAGUCGAGUACCGGCUAUUAAGAAGCUUGUUGAGGAUAUCUUUGGCAAGCCAUGCUCCACAACUCUUAAUCAAGACGAGUCUGUUGCACGUGGUUGUGCCUUGCAAUGCGCCAUGCUUAGUCCGGCUGUUAGAGUACGCGAAUUUUCAGUAACUGACAUACAGCCUUAUCCUAUAAAACUUACAUGGGAUGCUAGCCAGGGAGAGCCUGGAGAAAUGGAAGUGUUUGAACAGAAUCACUCUAUUCCAUUCUCCAAGAUGCUGACAUUCUACCGAUCCAGUCCAUUCAUUUUGACUGCUAACUACAGUGUGCAACCACCAACAUACCCUACAAGUCUAAUCGGCACGUUCACAAUCCGCGACAUCAAACCUAACAAAGAAGGCGAAUCGUCAAAGGUAAAAGUAAAGGUUAGAAUCAACCUAAACGGUAUUCUGACGAUUGCAUCAGCAUCUUUGGUGGAAAAACGCGAGCAAACUCAGCAGGAGAAAGAAGAAGAAGAGCAACAGUUGAAACAGCAACAAGAAGCUAUGAACAUCGAUCAGUCGCAAGACAAAAAGGAUCAAGCAGAUCAAGAUGCACAGGCCAAAGAACCACCUGCUCCAGAGGUUAAAAUGGAUAAGUCACGGCGAUGCUCCGACGACGAGGGUUCGUCCUACUCUUCUAGGAUAAAAUCUGCUCUGUCCUGGCUCAGCUCGAGUGAUGAGAAAGCAGAUGACGGUAAAGGCAAAGUUAAAGUACGUCAUAUUGAUUUACCCAUCGACAUUCAUGGAUAUGGCUUGUUGCAAAGUGAUCUUGAUCAUGCCUUGGAGAAAGAGUGCAAAAUGGUAGCAGAAGAUAGGCAAGAGAAAGAGCGAGUUGAUGCUCGUAACGCUCUCGAGGAGUACGUCUAUGAUCUUCGAUCAAAAGUUUCAGAUGAGGAUCAGUUAGCAAAUUUUGUGCAAGAGCAUGAGCGCGAAGUACUUUGCCGCACCCUUGACGAUACUGAGAACUGGUUAUAUGAGGAAGGCGAGGAAUGUCAGCGUCAAGUUUACUCUGACAGAUUAGCUCGGCUAAGGUCCCAAGGCGAGCCCAUAAAGGAUCUGAAGCACGAAUAUGAAAACCGAGCACCAGCAAUGGAGGAGCUCGCUGGCGCGCUCCAGCUGGCAAAGAAGGCUGUCGAUCAGAUCCGAGCCACUCAUAAAGAUCCUAAAAACGACAAGUACGAUCACAUUACCAACGAGGACCUAGGCAAAGUUGAGAAACAUGUACAAGAAAAAUGGAGUUGGCUCGAGGAUACGCGUGCUCUACUAAAUCAAACACCACUUACACAGCAACCACCUGUUUACGUUAAUCAGAUUCGUGCUAGAAGACAGUCUCUCGAUGGUUUUGUCACACCUAUUCUCAAUAAACCUAAACCUAAAGUAGAGCCGCCGAAAGAAGAUAAGAAGGAAGAACAGAAAAACGAGAAGAACGCUCAGAAUCAAAACAACCAAUCGUCAAAUGAUAUGGAUGUCGAUUCGGGAACACCGGAGGCUCAACAAUAAAGAACACAAAUAAAAUAAACACAAUCGACUAACUACCAUUUAUUUCGUCGAAGAUUUUCACACAAAACAAAUCAGGAUAUCGUCAGUCAUGUCACGAA